AUGGAUGAUCAAGAUCCUCAGCUCAUUCUCCAGGCAACUUCCGCCGACUUGCGCACAAACCCUUCCGAGUCUUCCUCUACGCCACAGCCGAAUAAGAAAAAGUCUCGCAGGGGCGGGGACUCGGCGUCUCAAAAGCGACGCUGUGUAAGUACUGCUUGUAUCGCUUGUCGGAGAAGAAAGUCAAAAUGCGACGGCGCCGUCCCCAGCUGCGCUGCCUGUGCCAGCGUCUACGGUACUGAAUGCGUCUAUGAUCCCAAUUCAGAUCACCGCCGAAAAGGCGUUUAUAGAGAAAAAAUCGAUAGCAUGAAGGCCCGGAACUCGACUCUGCAAAUUCUCAUCGAGGCCAUCCUCAACGCUAACGAAGAUGAGGUCCCCGACAUCGUCAAGAGGAUCAGGACGUGCGACAGCUUGGAUACUGUCGCUGAACAAAUUCUGAAGCAAGAAACAUUGCUUCAAGAAGCCGAACGUAAUGAACAGAAAGAAGAAGAGUACGCGACUGACAUGCCCGUCGAAGGUGAAAGGGAACUUGCCCGUAAGAUGGGCGAAUUGCGCCUUGAAAAUGGCUCAGUACGCUUCAUUGGAGGGACGUCUCAUCUCAUCUACCUUGGUGACCCGGGCGAAGCCAACUCAAAUGAGCCAGAGUUGGACACGAACUCGGCGAACGAGGACCCCGUUACUAGUUGGACAAGAGUCACUCAAGACAAAGAACUUAUUGCUCACCUAAUGAACAUGUACUUCAAUUGGCAUUAUACUUAUUUUACGACGCUUUCGAAGCCUUUAUUUUAUCGAGAUUUCCUCAAAGGAAAGCAUGGAGUACAGCACAACAGCACCGUCUAUUGCUCACCGUUACUGGUCAACGCAAUGCUGGCUCUCGGAUGCCACUUCACAAGCGUACCAGGGGCUUACGGGACACAGGGCGAUAGCCGGACCAAGGGUGAUCACUUCUUCGCUGAAGCCAAACGCUUGAUCGUUGAAAACGACGAGUACGAACGGCCGAGGCUUACGACCGUGCAGGCUUUGGCUCUUAUGUCCGUUCGGGAAGCUGGUUGCGGGCGAGAGGCCAAGGGCUGGGUAUACUCUGGUAUGGCGUUCCGAAUGGCGCAGGAUAUUGGCCUGAAUUUUGAUGAUGGCGGAAUGACGACCGAUAGGCAGAAACUCAGCGAACAUGCUGUGGAUGCUAGGAGGAUGACUUUCUGGGGUUGUUUCCUGUUCGACAAGGCCUGGUCAAACUACCUCGGGCGGCUGCCACAAAUACCGAAAAACUCUUAUAAUGUUCCAAAGUACGAUGUCUUCCCUACUGAAGACGCUGAGCUGUGGGCACCGUAUACGGAUACAGGAUUCGACCAGACAUCUAAACAACCGUCAAGAACGCGGGCAGUCGGGUUGCAGUUGUCGAAGCUAUGCGAGAUAAGCAGUGAUCUUCUCCUGUUCUUCUACCAUCCGAAUCAUAUCGGUCGGUCAAGCGGCAAAUCUAUUGAGCUGAAAAAGUUAAGCGAGUUGCAUCGAAGGCUUGAGGACUGGCGCAAGGAGCUGCCCAAGGAGCUAGAACCUAAAGAAGGACAGUUGCCGAACGUAAUUCUCGUGCACAUGUUCUUCCACCUUCAGUACAUCCAUCUCUUCAGGCCCUUCCUGAAGUACACACCAGCAGGAUCCCCUCUUCCGUCUCAUGUUUCGCCCAGGCGUAUUUGCACCGCUAAUGCUGGCGCUAUUUCAAAGUUAAUGCGACUGUACAAGAAGACCUGGAACUUGCGACAGAUUUGCAACAUCGCCGUCUAUAUGAUCCACAGCGCCUGUACCAUUCACCUUCUCAAUCUACCUGAAAAGACGGCCAAAAGAGAUAUCAUCCACGGUGUGAAGCACCUCGAGGAAAUCGCCGAAGACUGGAUAUGCGCGAGGCGAACCCUGAGCAUCAUCAGCGUUUUAGCUCGAAAAUGGAACGUCGAGCUCCCAGAAGAAGCAUCCGCGGUCUUGCAGAGAACAGACGAAAAGUACGGACAUUUUAACACCUCUGAUGUGCCGUCACCGAGAUCCAAUACCACGAUGUCGCCAUCACCGCCGCAGCAACCUCUGUCACCAACAACGAGCAAGCCAGAGCAGUACAGCCCGCUCACUCAGUACACCCAGAACCAACUGAACCAACAGGAUAUGGCCCCAAGCACGACGGAUAUCAUAAUGGCGAGCGCGUCUUUGGCUCAGAUAAGCGGCACAAGGCCGCCCUCCGGACGACCAACGGCCACCACCUCGUCCAACAUAGGCAUGAGGCCAGACUCUCUUGGCGGCAACUGGCCCCAGUCAGGCCUCACUCAGUCCAUGUACCAGCAACAACAACAACAACAGCAGCAGCAGCAGCAGCAACAUCAGCAGCAACAACAGCGUUUUAACGCAAUUGGUAAUGCCCAAGGCAACAACCUAACUCCGUCACAAUCAACCCGUUCCGGUGCAAAUGGGCGGCAGGUCUCGCCGGGCCAGGUCUUUCAGGGGCUCGACCAAGACUGGUUCCUCAACGACGGCGCCAAAUGGCACCAGAAUUUCGAAGCGUGGAACAUGCCUGGCUCCGGUAUGCCGACAAACGAGCAGAUGUUCAUGUUCCAGGGCAGCAACGGCGGCAUGCCUCAACGGCAGUCUUCCGAGGACGCUACCAACGCUGCCACGUUUGACAACUUGAGCUCUCUCAACAGCAACGGGUGGCUUCCGGGCCUAGACUGA